UCUGCAUGUCAUAGUGGUAGAAGGUAGGCCAUGAAACGAGGACAUGUUUAUGUGGUGUGAUUUACGUCAUUUCCCAGAAAUCUCGAGUAUUUUCCUUCAGCUAGGACUGGUGGACACUUUCAAGUUGACCAGCUUACCAUACCAGUGUGUUUCUACCGCCAAACCUUCAGUACAUAUCAGACUUACGGGAAGUGGGCUGGACCUGUAUAAUAUUUCCUCGGGACUUCGAUAGUAAACCGGAGAGUUUCGUGUGAAAGCAUGGCCGUACCUCGAGGGCUAUGUGCGCUUCUUGUGGCCGUGUUACAAGUGAGUUUGUCAGUAGCCGCCCCGUAUUACGGAGCGCGGGUCGGCGACCUGUCCACGAUAUUCCACGACGUCGCAGGCACAGUGUACGCUGCCGACGACAACACGCUGGUCAUCCGCGGGUUCUCGUACGACGGAACCGCACCAGAUGCCUUUUUUUGGAUUGGCAGUACGUCCUCGCCUGAUUCAACGGGAACCAUUCUUCCCAUUGACCCUCGUUAUCCGGAUCAGAAACUGGGCCGAUUCCAAGAUGUCGAAGUAAUUGUGGACCUCCCUGACGGGACUACUAUAUCCGACUACAGGUGGCUGUCUGUGUGGUGCCGUGAAUUUUCCGCCGAUUUUGGGAAUUUGAUUUUUCCCGCCAAUUUUGAGGCUCCGGCCAUCCAUGACCUUGGCGCCUUACCCACGUUCGCUCACCGGGUCCGUGCAGACAGCGUGAAAGUUCUGGAUGCUAAAACGUUGAGGUUCGAAAACCUCUUCUACGAUGGCAAUGGUCCAGAUGCAUACUUCUGGGCGGGAACCACAUCGGCGCCAACAUCGAACGGGAUUAAACUCAUUUGGAAGCCAGAUUCACCAGCCACGGGUACCAACCAACGCCUGGAUCGCAGUUUCAACGGUGACACCAUCGUGGUAACCAUGCCCGAUGCGAUGACAGUGUAUGACAUCACAUACGCCAGCCUCUGGUGUGUCCUGUUCACGCAAAACUUCGGUCACGUGUCUAUCAACCCAAACGAGCUAAAUGUCCCGGCUGUAGUCGAAGAAAUGAGUCCACCCUUCGAUCACUGCGAAGUGCUCUCCGACAAUGAGUUCCACGUCCGUUGGAAGGUAGAGGGCGCUAACAUCAAGGUGGAGUUGGCCGGCCGCGUCGACCCGGGGAACUACCUGGCGUUCGGUCUGAGCGGAUCGGAGACACGGACUCUGAUGGACGGGUCAGACGUGACGGUAGCCUGGAUGGACCAAUCGACAAUGAGCCCGAUGGUGGUGGACUAUAGACUCCAAUCCAAGGCGCAAUGUUCCACUAACAACGGCCUUGGUGCCUGCCCUGACGAUAUUGCUAGCGUGGGGGGAACAAACAACGCCGUGUUUGAGGAGCUCUUGUCGGCCGAUGGCAUCACGAUGUUCACCUACUCCAGACCUCUAAACACGGGUGAUUCUACGGACAAGGUGAUUCCCACCGAUGCAUCGGUGUUCAUCUCCUGGGCUAUCGGCCCCAUCAACCCCGAUGGACGAGUCGCUAAGCACGUCAAAGUUCCUCUCGGUAACCCUGCAAUAAAUUUCGGACGUCAGGGAACCACCACCUGUCCCGAGUUCACGGCAAUCGACAGCGGCAAUCCACUGGAGCCUUGGCCGCCCUCUAGCAUCAGUAACGAGACAACCUUCACGGUGGACAUCGGUCAGUCCGGAGGGGAACGAGGUUACACGGGCAUCACCGGUAAGGUUGGCUGGGGCAUUGCGUGGUACGUCAACGACCUUCUGAUCCCUGAGAUUACGGUGCAACGAGGCAUGACCUACACGUUCGAGGUCCACGGGGGGAACGACCCGGCCCUGGCGGCCCGCUACCACCCUUUCUACAUUACCGACGACUCGGAAGGUGGAUUCGCGCAGAAGACAGAAGAUGAGAAAAUGGAUGUGACGAUUUAUGCUGGACCAACAGAGGGAGCAUAUUGUGAAUGGGAAGUCAGGACACCAGGCACGUCCCCGGAUGAUUACGAUAAUUUCCUGAGUUACCGGUACUACCUGGAACGGAACUGCGUGGACGCUGUGCCCACGCCAGGCCGACUGACCUGGACCCCCGAUGGGAGCACGCCGGACCUGGUCUACUACCAAUGUUACACACAUAGGUUCUUAGGAUGGAAGAUUCGUGUAGUUGACGAGCCGGUGACAGGCACCAUGCCAAGCUGGGAAGGAACGGGAGCCCCACCAACUGGACCGCCAGCCACCGCAGACGACGGCACGCAGCCACCAGAAACUCGGUCCACAGAACUCGGGGCCAAUCCAUCCACCACGGUUCCCGGCACGGGUGGUGCCACGGCAUCUGUCACCACGUCCGUCGCGCUCAUGAUCUCUGCCCUACUCGCCGCCAUGUUGUUCUGAGCAUGGAACAAAGUUUAAUCACCUUUUAAAAUUAAGCAAUAGGCCUAAUUGCAACUUUUUUAAACUUCUUAAACGCAAAACUUGUAUGAAUAUUACGCACAAUGGAUGGAACUAGAGUCUAUAAAGUGUACCAUAAAGACGAGUUUAUGUACAUGUAGCUUUUCAAAAAAAAGUAAAGAAAUUUCAUAUAAGUGUUUCUGAUUGUCUUGCAAAGUUUUCUUAAUUUUAAUUUUUUUUUUCAUUAAUACGUGCAAGAGGUCAAUAGUACUUAAUGUUUACAUUAUUAAAACAUUUUACCAAUGUAUAGUAUUAAUUGACUUAAAACAAAUUGAACAGUAACAAUUUCAUUUUAUAAGUGAUGAAUGUAAAAACAAUCACUUAGCCUAGUAGGUUUUAGUUGUUAAUUUUUUUUUUAAAUACGGCCUAUAAGCGGAGCUAAUAAUACUAGCCUACUUAAAAUUACUGCCAAAUGUGAUCUCUUAUACAAUAAGUCUCGGGAUAAUACAUAAACUCAAUGGCGCCUGAUUUAAGAACAACGAAGGAGAGCAGUACUAACAAAAACAGAUUCUGAAAAUUUCAUUUUUCCAGUCAGGUUUCGGUCGAAACUGUGAAUAAAUGAAACAGAGAACAAGUGA